UGCCUACUUUACAUGCCUAGUUUAUUGCCGUGCCAAGCGUUAAAGUUCUACGGAACAACCCCCGUUUUCCCGUCUCUCCGGCGCUGCCACAAGCUAGGGCUAGGGCUAGGGCUUGAUCGCUGGAUCUGCAAACCCUUAUCUAAUGGAGCCUAGGUUUGUGAAAUUCGAUGUUAUAUGUUUAAAUUCGUGUGUGGAUGGUCUUUUUGCAGGGAGGAAAACGCAAAUUUUUUAGUCUUUUUCUGAUCCUUUUCUUCUCCUAACUUGGGUUUCAAGACGUUUUGCAGAUUAUUGACUUGAAAACAGCUAGAGAUAGAGAUUUUUUUAAAGGGGGGGAGAGAUUUUUUUAAAAGGGGGGCUUUGGGGGAAGCUAUUGAGUAUUGACGACUCGAUCGGUUUACUCGUAACGUGCAGUAUUUACGAUUCUCGCUGUAGCCGACCGCUUAGGGCUUCUUUGCACAUCCGAUUUUGAGGUCUGUCUGGCCUGAUAGCAGCUCGUGUCUGAAGUGCUCUUUUCGAGGAGAGCUGUUUUGAACAAUCACGCCGGUUUUAUUUUCAUGAAUAUCCCCUAACAGCUUCUGAGUAGCAGCUGGAAGCAAAAGCCUCUAUUGUGAGCUUCUUCUAGUUUCCAGGGAACAGAACUCGUUGUUUCCGCUCUCGAAUUUGUAUUUGCCAGGCUGCUGGCUUCUACCUUGGAGAAGCUGUUGCUGAAGCUGGGACAAAUAAGCAAAUUAUGACCUAAGCUCCCCUCCCCCUUUUCCUUCUUUUACUAUUAGUUUCAUAGAAAAAGGUCCAACUUUUUGUAAGCGAGCGAUGUUCUGACAUUACCACUUCAAUCAUUUAGGGUUUGUGGAGAUUAUAUUAUCUGCUUCCUUUCCCUUAAACAAUGGCUGAGCACUUGGCUUCGAUCUUCGGUACGGAGAAGGACAGGGUCAACUGCCCCUUCUACUUCAAGAUUGGCGCUUGCCGCCAUGGGGACCGAUGCUCCCGCCUCCACAACCGCCCAACUAUAUCCCCGACCCUCCUCCUCUCCAAUAUGUACCAGCGUCCUGACAUGAUCACCCCAGGUGUUGAUGCCCAGGGCCAGCCGAUUGAGUCCCGCAAGCUCCAAGAACAUUUUGAGGACUUCUAUGAGGACAUUUUCGAGGAACUAAACAAAUUCGGUGAGAUCGAGAGCCUUAAUAUCUGCGAUAACCUUGCCGACCAUAUGAUCGGCAAUGUGUAUGUCCAGUUCAGGGAGGAAGACCAAGCAGCCGCAGCCAUGAGGGCCCUACAGGGCCGGUUUUACUCAGGCCGACCCAUUAUUGUUGACUUCUCUCCUGUCACUGACUUCCGGGAGGCCACAUGCCGGCAGUAUGAGGAGAACAGCUGCAAUCGGGGUGGGUAUUGCAACUUCAUGCACGUGAAGCAGAUCGGUAGGGAGUUGAGGAGGAAGUUAUUCGGACGGUACCGGAAGUCUAGGAGAAGCAGGAGCAGGAGUCGUAGUGGGAGCCCGUAUCAUCGGAGGGAGCACCGCGAUCAUGAUCGGGGGAGCGGGCGGAAGAGUGGAGACAGGCAUGGGAAGUAUGAUGGAGAUGGAGGAAGGAGGAGGCAUGGGAGCCCUAGAAGGGCAAGGAGCCCAGUUAGAGAGAGUAGUGAGGAGCGGAGAGCUCGGAUAGAACAGUGGAAUCGUGAGAGAGAGGAGAAGCAGCCAUGAUUUGUGAGUGAGGUUAGAUUAUUUUAAUUUGUGGUUUCCAUUUGUCAAAGACACAGACCAGAAUUAUGUUUGGAUUUUUUCUGUUGUGUAGUGGAAACUCCAUGGUCGGGACAUUUUAAUUUGUGCCCUGCACCUCUGAAAUAGUCUCUCUUAUCCAUUGGGUGGAUAACUACUUAAAACUGUGGUUUACCUACUCCUGUCUAAGUUCUGCUAUCGGUCAUGUACUACAGAACCAGUUUCUUUAUGCAAUCGUAUUUGGUCUCUUUCAGUGUA